UAGUAGUGUUUCUUUAGCGCUCCACCCUGUCCUUACCACAAACUCUCAUAGUCUCUCAUGCCACUCGCACUAGAAAGCAACAGUUACCCUGAACGCUCACCCCCAAGAGUUGAGUCUACCAUGGCGAUGCAAGAAGAAGAGGAGAGAGAGAGGAAGGGAAUGAGUAUGAAGAGGUGGAACCACUUCGCUUCGCUCAGAUUGGUGGGAGAGUGGUACAGGAGGCAGAAGCAGAUGUGGACGAGUCAGAAGCAGUGGACUCGAUGGCACGCAUUGCCUCACUUCCUCCCAUAAAGGGACCUUAUGAUAAGGGUCGUAUGCAACUGACACAUCAAGAAAAAACAUGGGCCUUGGCCAUAAAAGAAGGGAUUGAAUCUGAGGCUGAAGUGGACAAUUUGACCGACUUUUGGUAUGCUCAGUUGGCCCUCAUUUGUCACGAUGAUGUGUCCAAUGCUAUCGAACGAGCACAGCAACUGCAAUACUUGCGGGAGGAAUACAAUAUCGUGGAAACAUAUGAAUUUGGUCGCCGUUGCAUUCAUCAAGCCAUAUCACUCUUUCCCGAUUACUACCUCUGCUUAUCAUUUAAUCACCAAGAUGGCAAUUAUGUGCUAGUGGUGGAUUUGACCAAAUUGCCCAUGAGUACUUUUCGUACGAAUCCCAAUGCUGUGGACAUCAAAGUCUGUGAAAUCUAUUUCAUGAGCCAUUUGAUGUCACCUGAUUUUGAGGCGAUUCGACGUGGGAUAAUUUGUGUGGCAGAAUGCGAGGGAUACCAAAUGCAGCAUGACAUUGGCGUUGGGAUUUGGAGACGGGUCUGGGACAUGGUUGUACCCUACCCACUCAAUCUGCAAAAAAUCAAACACUUUCAUACUGGUGUCAUGUCCAAUAUUAUGGUCAGUAUGGUACGGCAGUUUCUGCCGCGAUCCAUCAAGGACAGAAUUGAAGUUGGGUGUCUCUCUGAAGCUGGACGACUCGAUGGGAUGUAUCUGAUGCCCAAUAAAGAAGCUGCACGAAAACGGACACUCUCUCGACUCGAAGAUGCACUUCAGCGACGAUACAACAAUGAAGCAGCAUUCAAAUUGUGACAGGCCUUGCCCAACGCACACAAUUAACUAUAUGUACAACUCUACAACUCUAUUUUCUAAAGAUUUGCAUAACGGAUGCAGUAAAGAUAUCACUUUGUCCACCCAGUCUGGCGGGUACGUACUGGUACGUUGUCGGCCUAGCUAUCCUGAUCCUUUCCACCGCUGGCCGUUGGCAAUGCCAAGAACCAAGACUAGCCGAUACGGGGAGCCUUUUCAACCGCGAAUUUCCAACCAGUUGGCGUCAAGUAUUGACACAGGCAUUGGGAACCUACCGCAUGUCAUGGAGCACUAGAAAACUACAUUGCUACCAGUAGUGGAGUUUCUGUGCGAGCGUACUCAUUGGGUCGAUGUUGAGUUCAUACCGGUAUCAACACCGACUAUUUAGUUUGGAGCAUGCAAGUCUUUCGUAUCAUCAAUCAUUAGGGGGGAAGUAUUCAGGAAACAUUUUCCGAAAUGGUACUUGUACGUUGCCAGACUAUUAGUCCAUUGCCCAAUCUUGCCCAAGGUCCUGCCGGUAUGCCGGUAGGUCCGUUCUCAGGCGGCUCAGUGAUAUUAUGCGACGAGCAAAAGAGCUUUUACUGAUACGGGUAAAUAAUAGUACCGCACCACCCUUGUACGGUGGUACCGGUACCUGCUACCAGGUACGGCUAGCCACAUUUUCUGUACUACUGUACCGGUACUGGAGUAGCAGCUAAUUAUUACUGGAGUAGUACAGUAAUAGUAGCAGUGGCUCGCAUUCCAGCCGUUUUGUCCUGAGGAAGGAGGAAGUAUCUUAACCGCAAGUCUCACUUAUGCAUAUUUGCAUUCUUGAGUGACUUGUCAAACAAAUAAAUAAUGUCCAAGCAAGCUUUCUCAGAGAGCUUCUCACACUGAGUACAGUGUAGGCUUUCUGCUUUCUGAGGGGUCAUUUUGAAUACUGCAUGGUU